CUCUCCCUCUCUCUCUCUCUCUCUCUCUCUCUCUCUCUCUCUAUCAUCGACUCGGCCAAGUCUCAGACGGCAUCAAUGGCUUUGCCAAAUCAGCAGACUGUUGAUUAUCCCAGUUUCAAGCUUGUAAUUGUUGGUGAUGGUGGAACAGGGAAAACGACAUUUGUGAAGAGACAUCUUACUGGUGAAUGUGAGAAGAAAUAUGAGCCAACCAUUGGCGUGGAAGUUCAUCCUCUGGAUUUCUUCACCAACUGUGGAAAAAUUAGGUUUUAUUGCUGGGACACAGCAGGGCAGGAGAAAUGCGGUGGCCUUAGGGAUGGCCACUAUAUCCAUGGACAAUGUGCCAUCAUCAUGUUUGAUGUGACUGCCCGAGUGACUUACAAGAAUGUUCCCACAUGGCACUGGGAUCUCUGCAGGGUGUGGGAGAAUAUUCCAAUUGUGCUUUGCGGAAACAAGGGUGAUGUGAAGAACAGGUAAGUGAAGGCAAAGCAAGUUACUUUCCAUAGGAAAAAGAACUUGCAAUACUAUGAGAUUUCAGCAAAGAGCAAUUACAACGU